AAUUCAUCUGGGGCCUGACUUCUCUUUCUCUCUCUCUCUCUCUCUCUCUCUCUGCCUGCGCAAAGAAGGAAAGGGGAGGGGAGAUUCAUGGCGUCGCUUCUUGGGGAAGAUGGUCGAGGGUACGAGCUGGCGAAGAAGCUCGAGAAUUGCGGGGUGUGGAGAUCGUGGCUUGGGGAAGCGGGCUACCCGAGUUUCGUCCCCUUUCUGAGCUCCCCUUCCGCUUGGGACUCCUUCAUGAGCAGCAGCGGCAAUGGGCAGGAGCGGAAGUCGAAGGCUCAGCUUCAUCUCCAGCUGAGGGCCAGAGCUCUUCUCUUCGAUAAGGCCGCUGUUUCUCUCUUCCUUCGCUCCUUUCCCUCGCCUCAGUGUUCCAGGCUCAGUCCUGCCUAUUUGCAGUUGCAUCCAGAUGAUGUCUACUUCUCUUUGGAAGAAGAUCAUCAGGAGUGGACCCAAAUGCAAGAGUCUUCUGUACCGCAUAAUCUAGGACAUCCUAAGGCAGCACAAGUAAAAGGACAGUCUAAUACUAAGCAAAUGACUGAAAAUUCUUCUGGGAGAAUUUCUUCUGGUCGUGCUAAGGCCAAUGAAGCUGAGGUUGAUGACGUAAGACCUGGAACUGAUGGGUUUCCAGAGACAUGGUACAACCAUUGGUCUAAGAAUCACAGGGGAAACAGAGUGAAGUGGAUAGCAUGGCGUUUUUCCCAAUGCAAACUGCCUUUUGGUGAUAGAGAAUUUUCCAAACGAACAUCUGAUGGAAUGUCUGUAUACAUGAACUGUCUUGAGAAGCAUAAAAGAAGACGGGAAGUAUUUGAAGACAAGAAAAAUGACACUUCGAAGUCUAAUGAGGAAAGUGCUGCUCGUGUGAACUCUAAGUUAGUCCCAGACUUCAGUUUGACAGAUGAUGAAGUGUUCUUUCCAGAAACAAUGUUUCCUUUCAACUCUGUGCCAGAUAGGGCUGUCCCUUUCAAUAGUCAACCAGAAGAAAAACCUAAGGUGGAAUUUGUUGGAAUUCUUGAUACUUUGCCUCAUGCAGUCAGUCUAAGUCCAAUGAUGAUUGAAAGAUUUGGUAUGAGACCUGAGGACCUUAACAUGGGCAUGGGAAGGAAUAAGCUUAGAGGAAGGAACAGGCAAGUUGAUAACUGGAAGCCCUUGAGUGAAGAACAAGCAUCUUGUUUGAUUCAGAAGGCAACUGUGCGGAUACUGGAAGUUGUUGGAUUUGAAGGUGCAACAAUAUUUUCAAUGGAAGUACUUUCACAAUUUAUCAGGUGUCAUAUCUGUAAAAUCAGUCAAAUCUUGAAAGUUCUCACUGAUAGUUACAGGAAGCAAUGUUCAUCCAUGGAGCUUCUUAAGAUGUUCUUGCAAGCAGGCGGGCACAGCAAUGUUGCAUCCCUUGCUGAGUAUAUGAAGGAUACCAUGAAAGUGCCUUCCCAGAAUAUGCAUCAACAGCCAGCAAGAGACUUCCAGGUCCUUAAUCAGCAUUCUUUACUACAACCCCAGCAAAUCCAAAGACAAAUGCAUCCUCAACUCCAUAUGCUUCAUCCUGAUAAUUCUGCAGUUCAGCAACAUUUAGAUAAACUGCGACGUAGGCAAGCAUCAACUCAAGUUGCUGGAAUGCUAUCAGAGAAGGAGCGGAAUAUGGUAAAUGUUAAGGUGGAAAACAUAGAUGGUGGAUUCACCAGUUCAUUGAUGAACAAGCAAGUCCAAUUUAAACAACAGAUGGCUAUGGCAGCACAGCAACCUCACUCCAUGCUUCAGUAUAAGCAAAUGGGCUCACUUCAUGUUCCUCAAAUGCCAUCUCCGUCCAUGUUUAAUAUGAGAACUCCACCCGUUAAGGUGGAUGGCUUUCAAGAGCUGAUGGGAGGUGAUAUGUCUGUCAAGCAUGACUUGGAGGAUGGUAGAGAUAACAAACUAACGUCACCGUCUAAGUAGAUGCUGAUCACAGAAUAUUCAUACAUCUGUUUACUUCACAAAUAUGGGUGUGAAUCGCUCAGGAGUACCAUGAAUCUUAUAGUGUCUUUCUGUUCGGUGGACUCUUGGUGUUCCUAAAAAAGCAAGCAUGAUUGUGGUCCACACACAAAGAACAAACUUGGCACUUUGUACCCAAACUUGGCACUUUGUACCUGUCUGCAAUCUCAACUUACCCAAUAUUAGCGUGCAAGAUACUGAACUAUAUAGUCAAUGACAUUUGAGACGACUUUCCAUGACGCCCUCAAAGUCCAUCAAAGAAGAUUUUCCUUGGAUGUUGAACUUUCGGUAUGGGCAUUUCUACGUUUCAGGAAGGUUGCAUUCUGAGGAUCUGGAGAACUGUACAUUAUGCAUCCAGGUUUUGUGGUCGCCUUUCGAGGGGUGGAAAUCAAUGACAAAUCGAGACCCUUCCAAAUGGGGAGCUCAACCAAUGGCAGGUGCUUCCAAAAAGCUUAGCCAUGGAAAACGACAAUUUUGAACUUCUCCAGGAAUGAAGAUUGUUGUAUUCCUUUUGUCGAGGUACUCAUGUGGUUCUGUGAGAUUCACAGUUUUGCUUACUUGCAUUGGCAAGGAGUGCAGUGGGUGAAAGCAUGCAAAUCAUUUGGUCUUUCUUUCUUGUGAUA